UUCUCUAUAAACUCAAAACAAAACUCAUCCAUAUAUCAACCUUUUUUCCCCAAACAAAAAAUAAAAAAUGCAACCAAGAUUUGCAACCGUAGCAGCAAGAUCAACUCACUGGCUCUUCUCCUCCAGAGCUCGCCAGCGUGGACUAGCCUCCGUUACGACGCCGUAUCACACCGCUGACCCUGCUGGUCAUGCCGAAGAUUACGAAGCUCACCAACCUACUUCUCCUCAUGGAAACCCAGAUGAAGCGAGAAAUGCUGCAGAGCCCAAACCUGCUGAGCCGCCAGAGAAAACAGAGUAUAAACUGGCAGGUACAACUGAACCGCUUAGGCCACCUAAAGCGGCGACCACGCAUGGUAGCUCGCCAAGGCUGGAGAGCACCGGAGUGAACCAGCCACUGGACCCUACUUCACAGCAAAAGCGAAACCAAAUGACGAAUACGAUUUCUCUUGAAGAUUCGAACUGCGCGGGACUGGACGGGUCGCCGUGGCCGAAUGACGAGGGAGAGAGGCGGAGAGAUAGAGCGGAGCAAGAAACGGACGACAUAGAGUACUUCAAGCAUCACAAGGCGUCGCCGUUGUCGGAGAUGGAGAUGGCCGAUACACGGAAGCCUAUCACUCAGGCCACUGCUGGUACGGCUUAUUACGGCACGAGUGGGGACGUGAUCGUGUGGAGGCCGGAGCAGCUGGACACGGCUGAGGAAGCGCUGAGGAGGGCUGCGGAGAUAUGGAAGCAGAAUGCGAUGCGUGGUGACCCUGAUGCUCCUCAUUCUAGGCUUCUUAGGGCCCUGCGCGGUGAGGAUUUCUGAGAUGAGAAAGUGAGAAUUGUUAGACCAAGUUUAUUUGAUCUCUACGGUUAUGCAAGUGUCUGCAUCAAAAACAUUAAUAAUAAUAUAAAAAUCAGGAAAAAUGUGUACAUAACUUCGAUAAAUACCACGUUUUUUUGGUAAAUAAUAAUAAUAGACCAAUUAUGAAAAACAGAGGAAUGAAAUGGAAUGACAAAAGGAAAAUCCCUUGCAAAAUCUAUUUUGG